GGCCAGGCAGAGAAGAAGCACGUAAAGCUAGAAGACUGGCACCAGGAUCUUUGGCAAGCUGGGGAGCCGCCACAGCGCCAAAGGAGUGUAGCAGCGGUGGUGGUAGCGGGUGCACGGUGCCCUGAGGCCAGGCACACCUCCCUUCUGGAGCCAUGGCAUCCGGAGUGAUUGGGCUGACGAAGACGGGGCCUGCGAACCUGCCUGAGCUGGACAUCAAGGUCAGUGGCACCACCCCCGCUGAGUGGAGCGGCGAUGCCCUGGUGGUGGGGGUGUUUGAGGAGGCACUGGCAAUUGAGGGGGAUGCCUUCAAGGCUGCUGAGCUGAGUGCACUGGACAAGAGCCUCGGGGGGGCUCUGAGGGAACUGGUGUCUGAUGGCGACUUCAAGGGGAAACCAGGCCAAACAUCAUUUUCCAGAAUUGCUGGCAGCAAGGUGAAGAGGGUGGGCCUGGUGGGCCUAGGCAAGCAGAGCCCCGGCGCUGCCGCCCCUGCCAGCCCCUGGAAGAAGCUGGGCCUCACUGCCGCCGCAGCAGUAAAGAAGCAGCAGGUGACGUCCCUGGCGGUGGCGGUGAUUGGGGUGGACGCCCUGCCGGAGGCGGCCAGGGCGGCGGCCGUGGAGGGGGUUGCGCUGGGGGUGCAGCUAGGCGGGUAUGAGGACGUGCGCUUCAAGUCGGAGGCCAAGGUGCCGGCGCUUCGCAGCGUGGCGCUGCUCUCGUUUGGCAGCGGGGCGGAGCAGGAGCAGGCGCUGGCGCUGGCUGCCCACGUGACGGCGGGGGUCACCCUCGCGCGCCAGCUGGUGGCGGCACCCGCCAACGUGCUCACGCCAGCUGCGCUUGCGGAAGCUGCGGCGGGGGUGGCACGCGAGUUCAGCGACGUGCUGAGCAUCCAAGUGCUCGACCAGAAGCAGAUCGAGGCGGCCGGCAUGGGCGCCUUCCUGGGGGUGGCGGCCGCGUCCGACAGCCCGCCCCUGUUCAUUCACCUCAAGUACACGCCCAAGGGGGAGCCCAAGCGCAAGCUCGUCAUCAUCGGGAAAGGGAUCACGCACGACACGGGGGGCUACAACCUCAAGGUGGGCGCCAGCAUCGAGUCCAUGAAGUGCGACAUGGGGGGCGCCGCCGCGGCCUUCGGAGCCGCCCGAGCCAUUGGCGCCAUCAAACCACCCGGGGUGGAGGUCCACUUUUUGUCGGCCGCGUGCGACAACAUGAUCAGCGGCCACGGCAUGCACCCGGGCGACAUCAUCACGGCGUCCAACGGCAAGACCAUCGAGGUGGGCAACACGGAUGCGGAGGGCCGCCUCACGCUGGCGGACGCGCUCGUGUAUGCGUGCAAGCUGAAGCCCGACGCGGUGGUGGACCUGGCGACGCUGACGGGCGCGAUCAUGGUGGCGCUGGGCACGGCGAUGGCGGGCCUGUUCGCCAACAGCGACGGCCUGGCGGACCAGCUCGCCACCGCCGCCAGGGCCGCGGGGGAGAAGCUCUGGCGGCUGCCGCUCGAGGAGGAGUACAAGGAGACCAUCAAGUCGCCCAUCGCGGACCUGAUCAACACCGCUGGCCGGCCGGCCGGCGCAAUCAAGGCCGCGCUCUUCCUGCAAGAGUUUGUUGGGGAGAACGUGGAGUGGGCUCACCUGGACAUCGCUGGCGUCGCGUACGACGGCGACAAAAAGAUCGGGACCGGCUUCGGCGUGAGCACGCUCGUCAAGUGGGUCCUCUCACAACAGCCGCCCGUCGACCUCGUCAGCUUCUAGGCGACUGUACAAGAGCGGCUCGGGAGUGCCUCCGUCUGACCACGGGUGCACGAAAGCAAAGGUGCGAGUCAUGCGUUGUCGCUCAGCAGCAUGCAGAUGGCCGGAAAGUCUUUGCGGAUGUGCAGUUUAUCUUGGGAGUGAGCAUUGAGACACAAGUAAAUCCAAAGAAAGAAGCCGGCCAAGUUUGAUGUCGACGAAAUUGACCCAGUCCUGUAUUAUACUGAUGAUUAAGAAGGUAGGCUUGCCGAUCGCGCUCGUGUAUGCAAACACUUACUGUUGGCUUUCACAGAUUUUUGGAAUAUGCGAGACCAAACAUUAUUGAGCUUAAAAUGAAGGUAGUGACGGAACAGGACUUGAUAAGAGUUGCCACGUAAGUAAAAGCCUGAGUCACGUUAAUAUAACCAGAAGUUGCGAUCGAAG